AUGAACCACAACAACACGAAACUUGUACCGGGACGCUCGGUAGAUUUCAUCACACUGGGCUGUUCUUUGCAUGAUAUCCUCACCACAAUCAAAGCUGAAGUAAAGGCUUUCCCACGAUUCCACAUUUAUUAUGAUGAGGCCCGUCCUCUCCAUGCCCCUAUUCACGUCUCUCUACCUGACAACGGUCUUCGAUUACGGUUUGACGGUCCAGAUCAGCGAUUAAGGUUGAUAGAAGUGCUUGAUUUCGCAAAGGCGAAACUAGUGUAUAAGGACGUUGAAGUAUUCAAACCAGCCGAUGGGCAUGCUGUGCUCACAGCGGGUUUAACAGGGCCGAGGUUUAGGCACAUAUACGAUAAAUUACUAGGACCUACAUAUGGGGGGGAAUACGUGCCACCACGUUCUGACGAUCCUAACGCGAAUGGAACCUAUAAUCUCUCAUACCCAGGCAUCGCUUUCAACUUCCCCGUCCAUCAUUCGGCAUACUCGCCCAAGAAGGACUUCAUAUCAUUACUGUCAUCCUCAGCGACCGGCCCCGCAACUUCCAUGGCAGUGUUUAGUGGAGAGUCGUGGCAGAAGGCGAGGGGCACGCUUUUCACUUCCCCCGCGCCGAACCCUCGAUCACUUUCGUUAGCCGGUAAAUCGAAGGAGGGAGGGCCAGACGAGAUUGAACUCGUCAAAAUCCACGGCGAGGGCAGAAUAGAACUCGUAAGACGGGCAAGUCAACCCUUCUGGAUAGUACUUAGCGAGACCACGCCCCAGGAUUUGAUCAUUGAACUCGGCGCUCCGGAUUCUAUAUAUCGGAAAAACGACCAUCGACUGUCGAUCCACAAAGACCGAAGGGCAAGUGAUGCAUCGGACAUAUCUGCUGUUCGUUUAACGCCUGAUGACUCACUCGAUUCUGAUCAUGGCUCUGGCGCAGGCACCGAUCACGAAGAUGACUGGGAGGAUGAUAAAGACGUGGCAAGUGAAGCUCAAGAACGCGAAAUUGCAGCAGCCGAACAGUUCUACAAUUAUUACCACCAUGGCUUCGAUCUCCUUAUAUCACAACCUGCCCAACUAUCCCCACCCUCACCAUCAAUCGAAUUAACCGAAUCUGAAUCUCACGAAGAGGGUGAAAUUAGUGCACAGCCGCUGAACCACCUUACUGUGACAAAGGUAAUCUUUCACGGAAACGUUCCGGGGUCAUACCAAUUCAAUCGACACAGAAGGAGCAGGUGGAUCCUGGAACAUGUCCCUGGUGAUAUGUUCAAAGGCCCUUUAAAUUCUGAGAUGUCCUUCGAUGACAUUUCGAUGAGGCUGAAAGAUAUAUUUCAAGCACAUUAUGAGAAUGAGGAGGAGGAACGUCUACAGCAACGAGGAAUGGCUUUGAAUCGGGGUUGGGGUGACAGCCCAGGUAGUAGCGUAGAGCUACUAGGGGGAUGGGAAGAUGGGUCGGCAAAGAAGAGCAAAUUUGUGAAUUCCGGCUCAGGAUUAGUCGAGAAUGACUCAAAUGUCGGAAAUGUGGAAUUGUUUGGCUUUCCAGGCAUGGUAUUUGAGGUCCUGAAGAAUUCCGCUGUGAGCUCUUUGACCGUAUAUUGA